UCGUAUUUUUACCGGUGCGCUCGCUCAGCAGUCUUUGGAAGAAACGAUUUUUUAUAAUACAAAAAUAUUUGAUCAAAUAAAAAUAUCAAAAAAAUCUAGGAGCAAUUACAUAAAAUGUUAACCAGACGACUACUGAAUGCUAGCAGAACGCUGCGCAGCGCGCGCUACCCAGCGCUGCGUUCAGUGCCGCUGCGCUACACUAGCAAAUCACCAAAAUCGCCUUUUGCCGAUGGAGGUUCACAUAGCACCAUGAAUGAUCUGCCCAUACCGGAAGGCGAUUGGCAGGAGAAUUACACGCGCAAGAAUAUAAAGAAUACAAUCGUCCUUUUCGCUGGUAUUGGCUCGUUCAUUACCUCCUUGUUUUUGCAUUUCACGGAUGAGAAUAUAAAUUGGAACUAUAAGGUGCCCGUAUAUGACAGAUGCACUUGAAGUGUGAAUGUAAAUGGAUUACAACCAAUAAUUAUAAAUUGUUAUGCUCCGCUUUCAUUUUUUUUAAGUAGAUGGUUAAUUGUGUGCGUUUAUGUAUUAUAUGUAUGAUGUAUGUACCGCAAAAAUUAUUUAGUGCAGUUAGCAAACAGUGUCUAGUAUCUAAGCGCGGAAUGAGUCGCGGCUAAACUUUUCCUUCUUCGAUUCACUUUGUGCAAAAAACUAGUACAAAGUUGUUGAGCAAAACUUGCAGAUACUUUCUUCAACCAGGAAUGUGAGAAAUAUCAGAACUACAACUCAUUCGCUGAGCACAAAAAAAGAACAACUAAACUAAAAGUAAAAUUUCAAAAAUAAACGCUUACCGCAAACCACA